AGCGUGUCGGGCGAGGCUGGAGGAGCCACCUCGGCCCAGGGAUGCAACAGGGUCCGGGCGCGGGCUCGGAGAGCCGCCCCGCGGGCUUUGUCCCUGGCUCUGGCAGCUUCUCCGGCCGCAGGGGAAGGGGUGACUCAUGUGACGCCCGCCGGGUCUCCCCUCCCGGCGGCUGCUGAACCGUAGCUUUAAAAGGAAGUGACAUGGGGUGGGGAGAGACGUCAGCCGAGGACCACUUUUUUUCCCCGAAGGGCCCACCCCAUGGGUGGAGUCUCGCUCUCUCUUUCCAGUGUUGGCCGAAUUACAGCGGCUAUAAACUCGUGGCGACCGCUGCCCCCGCCGCUCCUCCCCGCGCCGGUCGGGUCCGUGCGUCCGCGCUGCCAGCGAGGAGACGCCUCCCAAGUCCUGGACCUUCUCCCCUCUGGAAGUCCUCCACCGCGGGGAUUCACUGUGGUAAACAAAAGCAGCCUGGCACCAUGGACCUCGUCGGGCUGCUCAAGUCCCAGUUCCUGUGCCAUCUCGUCUUCUGCUACGUGUUCAUCGCCUCGGGCCUCAUCAUCAACACCGUCCAGCUCUUCACCCUCCUGCUCUGGCCCGUCAACAAGCAGCUCUUCCGGAAGAUCAACUGCAGGCUGUCCUACUGCAUCUCCAGCCAGCUGGUGAUGCUGCUGGAGUGGUGGUCCGGCACGGAGUGCGUCAUCCACACAGACCCCCGGGCCUACCCCAAAUACGGGAAGGAAAAUGCCAUCGUGGUUCUGAACCACAAGUUUGAGAUUGACUUUCUCUGUGGUUGGAGUCUGGCUGAGCGCUUUGGGGUUUUAGGGGGCUCCAAAGUCCUGGCCAAGAAGGAGCUGGCCUACGUGCCGAUAAUCGGCUGGAUGUGGUACUUCACGGAGAUGGUCUUCUGCACGCGCAAGUGGGAGCAAGACCGCAAGACCGUCUCACAGAGCCUGCUGCGCCUCCGGGACUACCCGGAGAAGUACUUCUUCCUGAUUCACUGCGAGGGCACCCGGUUCACAGAGAAGAAGCACCAGAUCAGCAUGCAGGUGGCCCAAGCCAAGGGGCUGCCCAGCCUCAAGUACCACUUGCUGCCGCGCACCAAAGGCUUCACCAUCACCGUGAGGAGUUUGAGAAAUGUAGUUUCAGCUGUAUAUGACUGUACACUCAAUUUCAGAAAUAAUGAAAACCCAACGCUGCUGGGAGUCCUAAAUGGAAAGAAAUAUCACGCAGAUUUAUAUGUCAGGCGGAUCCCCCUGGAAGAAGUCCCGGAGGACGAGGACAGGUGCUCCACCUGGCUGCACAAGCUCUACCAGGAGAAGGACGCCUUCCAGGAGGAGUACUACAGGACGGGCACCUUCCCCGAGACGCCCCUGGUGCCCCCGCGGCGGCCCUGGACGCUCGUGAACUGGCUGGUCUGGGCCUCGCUGCUGCUCUACCCCUUCUUCCGCUUCCUCAGCAACAUGAUCAGCAGCGGGUCCUCCCUGACUCUGGCCAGCUUCGUCCUAGUCUUCUUUGUGGCUUCCAUGGGCGUUCGAUGGAUGAUCGGCGUGACAGAAAUCGACAAGGGCUCCACCUACGGCAACGCCGACAGCAAGCAGAAGCAGAACGACUGACUCAGGGCACGGCACCAGCCAGAGGGCACCACGGGGAACUGGUGGACGCUGCCUGUCAUCCUCAGGGGGACUCGCAGCGGAACAGGGUGAGCCCCUGCUGGGAAGGCAGGGCGUCUGAGCGCCAGCUGGGGAGGAAGAUGUUCUUAAAUCUUUCCCCCAUAUGCUUCAGUGGAUUUCGGUUCUUUCUUUUCAUGUGAGUGUGCGUGUGUGCGCAUGUGUGUGUGUGUAAGAGAAAGAACACACACAGGGGAGAAUGAAAUGCAGUUGUGUGAGCCUGGCUUGGUGAUCAUUCAGAGGGUAUCUGAGGUGCAGGGGGGCAGGGAUGGGGAACGGAGGACUCCCCUACAUCCUCUGGUGCUGAGUUUUCUGUAGUUCUGGAUUGCCAGAGGGAGGGAAAGGUGCUUUAGGUAAGAAGACUAAAUUAUGCCUCCAAAAAAAUAAUAAUAAUGGAAAUGUCUGGCUCCUCUGUGGUGUGUUUACACAGACCGCUCCGUCCUUCCGCUCCGCCCACUGCCAGAUGUUUUCGUGAGGGACCGCUGUGGUCCAGACAGUGCUCACAAGGAGAGAGCUGGG